AUGCUCAAAUAUAUACGUGCCAGAUAUAUUGGGUUUUAUUUACUAUCAGGCCAUAGCUCAUAUCCGAUGUACCCAUACGCUCAUUGCACCAGAGUAUUUUGCUGGGGAAAAUCCAUUGUUCCUGUGAUACAACUGUAUGAUUUAUCGCAAAAAAUUAUCUUAAAAUGGCAUUUGCUGGCACACCAGCGCCAUGCCACGCACAUAAAUUCUGUAUCUAUCACGCAACAAUUCUACAACAGGCUGCCAAUUAGGAAAAAAUAUAUCAGAGCAAUCAAGAGGGGCACUCUAAUUUACGAUCGCGGGCAGAUUAAAAUACCACCCAUAAAAAUUGAGGGUUACGAUCUACCUAAAAAAUGCCAGCCACCUAAUUAUCAAGGAACAGGAAGGAUAUACAAGGGGAGGUUUGAGAAUAUUCGCGCCAAAAGAAUUUGUUUUGCUGAUUAG